CUAUCCAUGUGAGAGUAUAUAUCAAGUCACCUAUAUAUGUCACCCUCCUCUGUGAAAUCCUUGUAUCUCUCUCUCUCUCUCUCUCGAGUGUGUGUGUGCGUGCGUUGGAAGAUGAAGAAGAUCAAUUUGAUGCUAAGGAAGUGCAAGACCUUGUCAAGGCAACUGGGUAGGUCUUCAUCAUAUAGUAGUCUAAGGUCCAAAUCUACUAGGGAGGAAAUAUGGGGUGGUGAUCUGCAAGAUGGUGAACAUUGUGAAACGAUAUUCGUCGGGAGCUCAAGAAAGCGAUACGUGAUCAGUUCAAAGUACUUGAAUCAUCCUCUGCUUAAUGCUCUCAUCCAAAGAUCGAAACAGAAGUUUGGGGAGGAUAUCUCUGUCAAGUGUGAGGUAGUGCUCUUCGACCACCUCUUGUGGAUGCUCGAAAACGCUGAUCUGAACCUCACCGCAGAUUCUUUGGAAGAACUGGCUGAGCUCUAUGUGUUCUAAAACUCCAAGAGAUCCAGCAUCUUAUUCUUAUAUAUAUAUAGUCAUGUUAGCCAGGCUGUGACUGCAGGCUCAAAAGUUGAGAGGUGUUCUCAGUCUGUUUGAAUGCAUUUUGGUUUCAUUCUAUUGAAUGGUAAUUUGUUUCUCCAACUCAAUGGGGGUUUGAAGGAUCAACAAUUUGGUAAAAACCAUGUACUGGUCUUUUAAUAUACCCUUAUAUAUUCUUGUGAUCUUGUUUACUAUAUAAUGAGUUUUGAUCUUGUUUACUAUCAAUUUAAAACAAAUCAUAUACUACAUACAUAAGAUUGAGGCGAGUCUCAGUAAUUUUUUUGAACC